AUGACCACAAGAAGCACUCUUACAAGUCUUCCUGACGAAUUGAUUCUCCUCGUCCUAGAUCAGCUGGACACAGAUGACUAUUUGACAUUGCGCGACUUGAAUGCGACAAGCUCGCGGUUUCAUCGUCUGACGAUUGAUCGGCUCUAUCGAAGAUUUCCAGGUUGCGCCCCAGAGCAGUUCCUGCGCACCAUAGCGCUGUCACCUCCAGACGAACGCCUUAAACUCAUGAAUUAUGUCAGGGAGGUGGUAUGGUAUCAGAAUUAUUGGGACCGACCGUCUAGGCAUCGGUGUCUACCUCUAGGUGAUAGGCAUGCCGUUGCGAAUCUACUUAGGAUUUCUGGAGCCAUCUUGGACACUACGGAACUAUCCACUGACCUACCUGGACGCUUCAUAGGCUUCUCCUCUGAUUUCGAGGUCCAUUGGUGGUAUCUGGAGUUUUUCCUAUUCUUCACACCCAAGGUUGAGAAGAUUACCGUACACGACACAUGGCAGUGGGACGAUCAUCUUUACUGGUUCAAAAGCUUGGCCGCCAACCCCUUUCACUUUGAAAAUCUUCAAUCCAUUACCGUGUUCGGUCCUCUGCGCCUAAGAAACAUCGUACCGCUUCUGACUUUACCUUCCUUGCGAAUCCUGGAGCUUACACAAGCCAUCGAUAUGCGUCGAGAACCGGACAGGGCUUUCUCAUGGGCUCUUGACGGCGAACACUAUGUUGAUCGACGCCUGGCCAGGGGUUCAACUCUUGAGACCCUUAUUAUACGGGAAUCGGAUCUCUAUCUUCCCUUCGCAGUAGAAAUCCUGGAGAAGCUCCAGAAACUCAAGAGUUUCACUUACGAGCAUGUCUCUCACGAACUUUCAGAGUACCCCGGGAUGCCUUCCGUGUUUCCGUGGGUCGGAAACAUGGGUUGGGGUCCAGAUAGCUGUCUCGAGAACUUAUGUUUACGCGUAGAGUCAGUAGUGACGCACGAGGAGAUGUCAUCACUCUCUCACCACGUUGCCGGUCCUAUGCUCGCAAAACUUCGUACCCUAAAUAUUGGUCCUUGUAGUCUCGAGACUUUUAAAGGCUUGGAUCUCACGCAAUCUGGAGAUCUACCGACUAUAGCUUCAAGGAUCGUAGGCACCUUUCCCAAUACGCUAGAGUCCCUACGGAUUCAGUGGGCUUAUGAGCGUGACGGAGAACCCCGGUUACAUCUUUUCAUCGAUAUCUUGCGGCACUUGGCCGAAGCCGCUGCUCGUUCAAACUCUGGAUUGAGGCAUAUCUCUAUCGUUGACUGGCCAGCGCUUGCAGGCUGGUUCCCUCUCCAAGACGAGGCCAUCAGUUUAAGUCGGUUAUACGAACGUUCUGGAAUGCAGUUUGAUGUAGUCUACGAAGAGAUUGAGAGUGAAGAGCCACUGACCGCCAUGGAAGACGUGGAGCCUGAUUGGCUCUGGAUUCACAGGACGGAAACUUUCGCGACACAUUGCCGGUACUUUCGCCUGCCGUCUAACUAUGGCUAG